AUGCAGGAGCACUGCUCCACUUCCCGGGCCGGGCCCAGAGCCACGUUUCUUUCCCUACAGGCCUGGCUGCAGCAGUAUGGCUACCUGCCCCCGGGGGAUCUGCGAACGCAUACACAGCGCUCACCCCAGUCCCUCUCAGCUGCUAUCGCUGCCAUGCAGAGGUUCUACGGUCUGCGAGUGACGGGCAAGGCUGAUGCAGACACCAUGAAGGCCAUGAGGCGCCCCCGCUGUGGUGUCCCCGAUAAGUUUGGAGCUGAGAUCAAGGCCAAUGUUCGAAGGAAACGCUAUGCCAUCCAGGGCCUCAAAUGGCAGCAUAAUGAGAUCACUUUUUGCAUCCAGAAUUACACCCCCAAGGUGGGAGAGCAUGCCACAUUCGAGGCCAUUCGCAAGGCAUUCCGCGUGUGGGAGAGUGCCACACCACUUCGUUUUCGAGAGGUACCCUAUGCCUAUAUCCGAGAGGGCCAUGAGAAGCAGGCCGACAUCAUGAUCUUCUUCGCUGAGGGCUUCCAUGGUGACAGCACACCUUUCGAUGGCGAGGGUGGCUUCCUGGCACAUGCCUAUUUCCCAGGCCCCAACAUUGGAGGGGACACCCACUUUGACUCUGCCGAGCCCUGGACUGUCAGGAAUGAGGAUCUGAAUGGGAAUGACAUCUUUCUGGUGGCUGUGCACGAACUGGGCCACGCCCUGGGCCUUGAACAUUCCAACGAUCCCUCGGCCAUCAUGGCACCCUUUUACCAGUGGAUGGACACAGAGAACUUCGUGCUGCCCGAUGACGACCGCCGGGGCAUCCAGCAACUGUAUGGAAGUGAGUCAGGGUUUCCCACCAAGAUGCCCCCUCAACCCAGGACUACCUCCAGGCCCUCUGUCCCUGACAAGCCCAAAAACCCCACCUAUGGGCCCAACAUCUGCGACGGGAACUUUGACACCGUGGCCGUGCUCCGAGGGGAGAUGUUUGUCUUCAAGGAGCGCUGGUUCUGGAGGGUGAGGAAUAACCAGGUGAUGGAUGGAUACCCCAUGCCCAUCGGCCAGUUCUGGCGGGGCCUGCCCGCAUCCAUUAACACUGCCUACGAGAGGAAGGAUGGCAAGUUUGUCUUCUUCAAAGGAGACAAGCACUGGGUGUUUGACGAAGCUUCCCUGGAACCUGGCUAUCCCAAGCACAUCAAGGAGCUGGGCCGAGGACUGCCUACUGACAAAAUUGAUGCUGCUCUCUUCUGGAUGCCCAAUGGAAAGACCUACUUCUUCCGGGGAAACAAGUACUACCGUUUCAACGAAGAGCUCAGGGCAGUGGACAGCGAGUACCCCAAAAACAUCAAGGUCUGGGAAGGAAUCCCUGAGUCUCCCAGAGGGUCAUUCAUGGGCAGCGAUGAAGAGGAAGAGGAGGCCAGCUUCCUGCCCCCCAAAGACCCACACCUGGAUGGGGAGGGGCAGUAG